AUGCGCCACAGACCAGAGUACAAGGUCGUCAUCAUGGGCGGCGGCGGCGUCGGCAAGUCGGCCCUCACCGUCCGCUUCAUCCACCAGAUCUUUGUCUCGGCGUACGACCCGACCAUCGAGGACAGCUACAGGCGCAACCUCAACGUCGACGGCAUCACGGUCGCACUCGAGGUCCUCGACACCGCCGGUACCGAGCAGUUCAUGUCGCUCUCGUCGCUCUACGUCCGCUCGGGCGACGGCUUCCUCCUCGUCUUCAGCCUCACGUUGCUCGACAGCGUCGCAGAGCUCCACACCAUCUGGGAGCAGAUCCAGCGCAUCAAGGAGACGACUCACGGCACGGCCGCGGCGGCCCGAGGUGGUGGGGCCGGCGCGAGGGCAGGAGCGAUGGGUGAAAAGCUUGAGCGACCCCGAGUCCCAGUCGUCCUCGUCGGCAACAAGCUCGACCUGCAGCACGAGCGACAAGUUGGGCGCGAGGUGGCCGUCAACCUGUCGCGCUCGUGGGGCGGCGUCCCGUACUACGAGACGUCGGCGCGCAAGGAGAUCAACGUCGCCGCCAUCUUCGAGGACGUCGUGCGCCAGAUGAUCAAGGCCGACGCGUUCGCGUCGUCGGGCUCCAACUCGUCCAGUCGGCGCUCCAGCCGGACCGGCGCGUCCGGCGCAGGGGGCGGGGCGGGAGGAGGCGCGGGGAGGAAGAGGAGGUGCACGUUGCUGUGAGCGGCGGCUCGCUCUCUCUCUCGCGUCCCCUCGUCUAGGUCUCUCGCCCCGCCCUCGCAGUUCUCGCCGUCGUCGUCGUCGUCGUCCCUCCCGCCGUCUUGUAUACCCCGCUCGCUCUCGAGCCACCCUUCCGUUUCCCCCAGCCACCCUCUUUCGCAACUCUCGCAAGCAUACCCCUUCUCUCUCCUCCUCCCUUCUCGCGCUCCGACUAUGCGUCUACCCUAUCGCAACGUCCUUGUCACGUAGUUCUUCCCCCU